CUCAAACCUUAAAACUCACUAAUUACUCAUCAUCAUCAAUCAUUUCACCUUCAGAAGCAUUUCUACUUUCCUUUGAAAAUGGCCAGUGUUAAGUUUGCAUGCGUGCUGGUGAUGUUCAUGGUGGUGGUGGGUUCACACAGUGCUGUGGGAAUGACGUGUGGCCAAGUUCAAGGUAACCUAGCACAGUGCAUAGGGUUCCUUCAAAAGGGUGGGUUUGUUCCGCCAGCAUGCUGCUCCGGUGUGAAGAAUAUCCUGAACAGUUCCAGAACCACCCCUGAUCGUCGCGCCGUUUGUAGCUGCUUGAAGGCUGCUGCUGGUGCAGUUCGUGGGAUCAAUCCCAUUAAUGCUGAGGCUCUUCCUGGGAAGUGUGGGGUCAAAAUACCCUACAAGAUCAGCGCCUCCACCAACUGUAACAGCAUCAAUUGAAGGGAGACAGAAACCAUGCUAUACUACAUGUUAGUAAAGAGAAUAAAAGGAGGAUAGGAGUCUCCAUUUAUGAGAGCUAGUUUCUUGUUUUGUGUUCUAUAUUCCAGAGUGAAGUUUAUACACUUCCUAUGGUUUUUAUAUGAAGCUUUAUAAAGUGAAUAAAAAAAGUUUGAUGUUGAAA